AUGUCCCUCAACAAGAAGACCAAGUCCGAUUUGGCGAAGAUGCUCCUGGAGGAAUUCCACGAACAUGCACACACAAAGUGGACGAAGGCGGAGAUCGCUUGUCGGAUUCGCGAACUCCAGGAGGCUCAGGGACAGAACCCGUUUGCCAAGGGCAAGAAUCGGACCCCGCUUCGCGAGCAAGUGGUUCAACUGAACCGGCACAAGAAGAACAAGGCGAUGUUGACCGAAUAUGUGACCGCGGAGAUGGGACUGAUGCUGAAUGGCAACGAGACAGUGGAGCAGAUCGAACAUCGGGCAAUCAAGGAGAUUUACAAGAUCGCCCCCGCAUCACCGGAGGACCCAGUCGGAUUCGGCCGCCACGCCAGCCUCAGCUAUGCCGAGGUACGCAAGGAGCACCCCGGCUAUGCAACCUGGGUGAAAAAGAUGGCUGCCGAGACGGACGAUGUGGAUCCACGCCUGCGCCGCUAUGCCACGUGGCUGGGCAACACGACUUCGGAAUCACCUCCCGAAGUUCUCAAGCUGGUCGGAAGCCAGCUGCGCGAGCCAACGCCCGAGCCACCUACGACCAGUUCGACCAAGGCAUCCAGCUCGACGGGCUACCCCAGCGAGGAGACGAAUGUGCCGACGCAGCUGCUUCAGCAGCUAGUGAUGACGGUGAAGAACUUGCAGGAGGAGAUGCAAGAGAUGAAGAUGAAGGAGCCCGAGAAACCGCGGAAGCAGGCCAAGGAGAGCGACGCCGGCAAGUCAUGA